AUGGAUGCUCCGGAAAGUACUGAGUCGCAAGACAGAUUUAAUGUAGGUGUCCUGCCAGAUAUUUGCCCUGCCCGGACCCCGCCCUCUUCCCCGCCCACCCACGGCUCCGCCCAGACCCCGCCCAUUGUCCGGCCCGCUCCGUCCAAGCCCGCCCUGGCCCGUCCAUCCACCGCCCGCCUGGGCCCCGCCCUCUGUCCCGCCUCUGGGAUUCGCCCUGUGCCCCGCCUCUUGCCCUCGCGGCGCGUGGGCGGCCUGCCCCGCCGCCCUUUGCUGUCGGGGAGGGGCUGGGGUGGGAAGCUAGAGGCCCGGCGUCCUGGAGCCCCGAGAGCCGCCCUUCCCGGCCGCACCGCGCGCGCGCAGUCCCCGGCCCGGCCCGACCCCUGCCCGACCCGGAGGGGGGUCCCCGCGGCGCCGGACCCCCAGGGGCCCGCGGAGGGCUGCGUGGUGGGAUCCCCGGGAAUGGGGCCCCCCGCCCCCGCUCCGUCAGGACCGCGGGGCAGCCGGGAAGUGCGCGGCGGGACCCCCGCAGGACAGGCGCGGCCUCGAGGACCCGCGGUGCCCCAGAACCGACCCCCCUCCUGGGAAGGCUGCGCGGUGUCCCCGCCGGCGUGGCGCGGGUCCGUGCCCCCACCCGGAGAGUGUGUGGGAGAGUACUGUGAGCUGCGCUUUGCACUUUGA